AUGCACUACCACAUCUUAGCUGGUGGCAUGAAGGAUUCAAGGCUGUCUGGACCUCCUCUGCUUCCAGAAGCAGAGGAGACUGAGCAAGCAAGCUGGAUAGACCGGAAGCAGCCGCUCCUGUGGGGAAAUAGUCCUAGCUCCAGCAUGUUUAUGUGGGUGUUGGCCAGAGUGGCAGCAGGGCAGGACCCUGUGCUCCAGGAGAACCAUCCAGAACAGACCGCCAUCCUGCUGGAGGGGCCUUUAGAAGACUUCUUUUUUGUGGUAGUGGCCAUAGCCCAUGGACGAUUUAGCGCCUGGACAGUUGAGCCUGUAACGCAGAAGAGCAGGCAGGGCUUGGUGAAGGAGAGUCCAGCUUAUAUCAAAAGGAUGAUCUCACUUGUCACCCGCAGGAAAAUAUGCAAGUCAUGCAAAUGCAGCCAGGAGGAUCACAGCCUGAGCUCUGACGUGGAAGAUGAUCGGAAAAUUGGCCGCCUGCUAUCAGAUUCAAAGUAUGCUACGCUCACCGCCAGGGUGAAAGGAGGUGACGGAGUUCGCAUUUACAAAAGAAACCGCAUGAUCAUCACCAAUCCCAUUGUAUCUCGCAAAGACCCAACCUUCGACACCAUCACCUACGAAUGGGCUCCGCCUGGACUGACCCAAAAGCUGGCCAUUCAGUACAUGGAGCUCAUCCCCAAGGAGAUGCAGCCGGUGGCGGGCACGGAGGGGGCAUACUAUCGGCGGAGGCAGCUGAUGAGGCAGCUCCCUAUCUACGACCAGGACCCUUCCCACUGCCGCGGCCUCGCCGAGGGCGAGGUGAAGGUCAUGGAAGACUUUGUGAAGAAAUACAAAGCUGAUGCUCUGGGCGUCGGUGAGGUCGCGCUCCCCGGGCAAGGUGGCAGCGUGAAGGAGGAUGAGAAGCGGCAAGACAAAACCCUGGCUGCGAGCAAACCCUCCGAGUCCACCAACGGAGCCGUCGACAGCGCGCCUGCGGGAGGGCAGAGGUGCUGCGAGAUCUGCAAGCAGGCGGUGCCGGCGGAUUACCCCGUCGUCUACGUGGACAGAGCCGGCUACUCCCGGCAGUGGCACCCGGCCUGCUUCGUGUGCUGCAAGUGCUCCGAGCCGCUCGUCGACCUCAUCUACUUCUGGAAAAACGGAGCGGUCUGGUGUGGGCGCCACUACUGCGAGAGCCUGCGGCCACGCUGUGCCGGCUGCGAUGAGAUAAUCUUCUCAGAGGACUACCAGCAGGCUGAAGGGAUGACCUGGCACAAGAGACACUUCGCCUGCCUGGAGUGCGAGACGCUGUUGACCGGCAAGCCCUUCAGUCUCGACAAAGCCAACCUCCUGUGUACAACCUGCCGUAAGAGCAGGCAUCCCUAAACCAGAGCAGCUUGAGAAAGUGCAGUUGGCUCCCAGAUCCAAGCCAGAAUUGGUGUAGUUUGGCAAGUACAUGAGAAGGGGAAGGCUUAAAAAAAAAAAAAUUAAAAAAA